AAUAAAAUGAGUUUUAAUGAAAUGAUUGAUGAAAAUCUAGAAGAACAGUUUGUAGAUGUCAAGAACAAACCUACGAUUGUGCCAAUUUUUAAAAAAAAUUUUACGUUAGGCAAAAAAUCUGCAACCUUCGGUGGUAAAUGUAAAAAAGCUUUUAAACAUCGUUUGCAGAUAUUAAAUUGGAUUUUUGACUACAAUACGGAAUGGGGUGUGAAAGAUCUCAUAGCGGGAAUUACCCUUGGCCUCACCAUAAUACCGGAGAGCAUUGCUUGUGCACUGUUAGCUGGUUUGCCUGCACAUUAUGGACUUUGUUCAGCAUUUAUUGGUCCCUUCAUUUACCUAUUCUUCGGUUCAAUCAAUAAAGUUAUAAUCGGUCCAACAAGUCUGGUUGCUUUGGUUAGUGUACAAUUUACAGUUGGUAAACCAAUUGAAUUUGCAGUUCUUCUUACAUUUUUAAGUGGCAUUGUCCAGCUGAUAAUGGGCACUUUGCGUAUGGGAUUUAUAUUUGAAUUCAUUUCGAUACCAGUAAUAAAGGCAUUUUCAUCUGCGACUGCUAUUUUAGUCAUUGAGUCUCAGUUAAAAGUGCUGCUCGGUAUAAAAUACGUAGCGGCAGGAUUCAUACAAUCGAUAACCAUGCUAUCAUCGCGAAUACCAGAUGCAAAUAUGGGUGAUCUUAUAUUGGGUAUAUGCGGUAUUAUUUUCCUAAUUUUUUUAAAUGUGUUGGAAAAAAUUACACAUCGACAAUGUGUAUCGAAGUGGGUUAAAAACUUCUUUGGUUAUCUCUCUUUUUCACGAAAUACAUUAUUAGUACUUAUCACCGGCAUAAUUUCGUAUGUGUGGAUAAGUAAUGGAAAUAAAGUGCCGUAUGCCUUAAGCAAAAAUUCAGUUUCCGGCCUACCAAAUUUCACAUUCCCCAGCUUAUCUGUGGAUACUAAUGAGAAAUCUUAUGGAUUUUGGGAUAUAUUAGCUGAAUUAAAUGUUGGCAUUAUCGUUAUACCAAUAAUUGGCGUUUUAACGAAUAUAUCUAUUGGCAAAUUAAGCCCUAAAGGACUAGUUGAUUCAAAUCAAGAAUUACUCACCGUGGGUUUCUGUAAUGUGCUUGGCUCAUGUGUUCAAUCGAUGCCCACAUCAGGAGCAUUUACCCGAUAUGCUAUCAGUACUGCUUGUGGUCUAAAAACUCCCAUGGCUAAUCUAUAUUGUGGUAUAAUUUCCUUACUUGCAUUAAGUUAUUUGAGUCCUUACUUUAAAUAUAUUCCCGAAACUUCACUGGCAGCUAUUUUGAUAUGUUCCAUUUAUACUCUUUUGGACUUUAAACUACCUUAUCGACUUUGGCGCGAGUCAAAACGGGAUUUUUACAUAUGGGUUUUAGUAUUUAUUAUUAGUGUUUUAAGGGGUGUGGAAACCGGACUGGUAGUUGGCACUAUUUUGACUAUUUUGCAUCUACUAUUUUUAUGGGCACGUCCAGAUAUUAUAGUAAAAAUUGCAGAAUUAAAUGAUAUGCAGUACAUAUCUGUUAUUCCAGGAAAUGGUAUAUAUUUUCCAGCAAUUAGUCACUUACGUCAAAAAAUUUUGAAAGCCUGCUCACAGGCUGAAUAUCAAGUUCCUAUCGUUAUUGACUGCCUUAAAAUUACUGGCCUCGAUUUUACAUCAGCUCAAGGUAUAUCUAAAUUGUCGGAAGAUUUAUGCCAAAAUGAUGCAGCGAGCAGUACUUUACUCAUACUCUAUCGUAUGAAUUUACACCAACAAAAAGUAAUUGAUAUUACUGAAAAUCUGGUUUUCUGUGAAAACGAAGCUAGACUACAAGAGUUUUUAACUCAAGAAUCACUGCGGAAUGGAUUCAUUAAUCUAAAAGAGCACAUAAGAGCAUCUAUUGAUCUCGGUUAUAACAUUAAUUUUGAAUAAAUAUGCAAAAAAUUAAUUUGCAAAAAAGGC